CAAGAUAAGUGAUGCACUUCCUCUUUCGAUAGUACUGAGAAUGUUUCAGUCUGGGUGAGAAGCAAAGAUUUAUCAUCUCUGGGGAACUCUCACCCAGUCCUGUUGGAUAGAUUCUCAGAUCUUUGAUGCUGGCUACUGGAGAUAUGGGAAUCAGGUGCCUGCUGCGUGCCACAGCUCUUGGUGUCCUGCUUGUCUGGUCAAUAUUACAGCUGAAGAAUACUUCAGCAUCCUGCCCUCAAUGCCAUGAAAAUGCCUCCUGCUACAACAGCACUCAUUGUAUUUGUAAAGAUGGAUUCUGGGCAGGACCUGAUAAAGGAAUAAUUAUUGAGCCCCAUGUGAAAUGCGAAGAUAUUAAUGAGUGUCUAUUGGAGGUGCUGGUGUGCAAGGAUGUGUCAUAUUGUAAAAAUAAAAUUGGAACUUACACAUGCAGCUGUAUAAUAAAAUACCCUAUCUUCAACUGGGUAGCUGGCAUUAUUGAUAUUGAUGAUCCUAAUUGUUACGGUUGGUUGGCUUUCCUACAAUACCUUGAUGGACUCCAAUCAUCAAUGAUGCCUGCCACUACAUACCAAGUAGAAGAUGGCCACUCUGUGAUUCCUUCCACGGACACUCCACUCUCAGGCAGCUUACCCUCAGUUGCAUAUCCUAUCUUACAUCACAGGGAGCAUGCCACCACCACUACAGCAAGAAGGCACAUUAUGCCUUACUAUUUGAGGAAAGUGAACAAUGGGAAGAAAAUAGGAACACAAGCAGAUAUUUGGGGAGAGUGGAGUGAACGUGAAUCCAAAAAGAACUUUGCAAAAAGAGCUACCACAGUACUUCACCAAGUGGGACGCCACAUAUUGGAUGAAUACUCCGGUGUACCAAUGAAGGGUGAAAAUUCUACACUGGGUAUAGUGUAUGAAACGAAGAGUUGCAACAGUAUGAUUCUUCUGGAAGCUGGAAAUAACACGAUGGAGAUUGACUGCACUAGUGCUCUCAAAGAAAGCAAGAGUAGAGAUGAGACUGCAGUUGCUCUUAUUGCAUAUCAGUCCCUUGGGAGGUUUCUAAACGAAUCCUUUUUUAGUAACAAUGAAGGAAUACAGAAAGUAAAAUUGAACUCUCUUAUUGUGAGUGGUGCCAUUCAUUCAGAAGUCAAACCUGUCCUGUCUGAACCUGUACUCCUGACUUUACAAAAUACUCAGCCCAUUGACCCAAGAGCAGAACAUCUCUGUGUCCAUUGGGAAGGAUCAGAGGAAGGAGGCAGCUGGUCCACUAAGGGCUGUUCUCAUAUGUACACCAAUGACUCCUACACCAUUUGCAAGUGUUUCCAGCUGUCCAGCUUUGCUGUGCUCAUGGCUCUGUCCCUCGAGGAGGACUCUGUGCUUUCGGCACUCUCUGUGAUCACCUACGUGGGACUGAGUCUUUCUCUAUUGUGCCUAUUCCUGGCGAUUGUCACCUUUCUCUUGUGCCAGCCCAUACAGAAUACAAGCACUACACUCCACCUACAGCUCUCCAUCUGCCUCUUCCUGGCUGAUCUCCUCUUCCUCACAGGCAUCAACAGAACUGAGCCUAAGGUGCUGUGCUCCCUCAUUGCAGGAAUGUUGCAUUACCUCUACUUAGCUUCAUUCAUGUGGAUGUUUCUUGAAGGGCUACACCUUUUUCUCACUGUGAGGAAUCUUAAAGUGGCCAACUACAGCAGCUCAGGAAGAUUCAAGAAGAGGUUCAUGUACCCUGUAGGCUAUGGAAUCCCUGCCUUUAUUGUCGCGGUGUCUGCGAUAGCUGGCCAUGAAAAUUAUGGAACACACACCCACUGCUGGCUCAGCAUUCAUAGAGCAUUCAUCUGGAGCUUCUUGGGUCCAGUAGCAGCCAUUAUCUUGAUAAACCUGGUAUUCUACUUUCAAACUAUAUGGAUUUUGAGGAGCAAACUUUCUUCCCUCAAUAAAGAAGUUUCUACUCUUCAGGACACCAAGAUGAUGACAUUUAAAGCCAUUGUUCAUCUAUUUGUAUUGGGAUGUUCUUGGGGCAUUGGCUUAUUUAUGGUCAUUGAAUUUGGGAAGACAGUGAGAUUAAUCAUUGCCUAUCUAUUCACCAUCAUCAAUAUCCUACAGGGGGUUUUGAUAUUUGUGGUACACUGUCUGCUUAAUCGCCAGGUCCGAAUGGAAUAUAAGAAGUGGUUUUAUAAGAUGCAGAAAGGGGUUGAAAAUGAAAGCACUGAGAUGUCUUAUUCCACUACUCACACCAAAAUGGAGGAAGCUGGAUGUCAGCAGAACUGACUCACUGAGAAUGCUCACAACCUGAGCUCCUGCUUCUUAACCAAGGACAAUCAUCACACCAAUGUGGCCACACAUGGACUAGGUUCAUGUCACCAUUCUUCUAUGUGAAUUCAUCUUUUCAAAAUCAUUUUGCUAUGAUUGUUAAUGCAUAAUAAUUGUACCUGCACUUCAAUGGGAAAUUUUUAUACAUACAUACAACUUUGACCGUGUCCACCUCCCUUCACUUAUCCUCACUUGAUCCCCUUUACUUAAUCACUUUUCCUGUACACAAUUAUUCUUUUUCCUUUUAAUUUUCUAUACAAUGGAGAAUCCUAAUAUUUCUCUUGAUACAUCUCAGUUAAUUACCAUGAUAUGUUUCCUUUGAAUUCCAUCUACGUUCUUGCAAACAAUAGGCUUUUAUUCUAUUUCAAAAUAAAAAAAUAUUCCAUGGGUGAUAUAAACCACAUUUUCUUUAUCCAUUGAGGCACACCGAGGCUGACUCUACAACUUGGCUAUUGUGAAUAGCACCAUAGUAAAUAUGACUGUGCUGUUGUGGGACACAGUCCUCUGAGUAAAACAGCUCUCAUCUUCAUCUGAUCAGCCAUGACUACUUGCAAGCUUGUUGAUUCUCACAGAGGAUGAAUGGAGAGUGUCAAUGGGCUCUCACCUGAGAAACAAGCCAUAAUUUCCAAGAAUUUGUUUGCAAUUCUUACCUAAUACUCUGGCCUUGGUGUCUCCAGAUGUGAGAGUAUAUAGUCUGCAUGAAAGUUAAUUGAGAGAGACUCAUUGAUGCAAGUAUGGGGAAGCAACUAUCCAUCCUUUGUAAAGUCUCUUCAGUGCUGCUGUUCUGAGGUCACCUACAUUUGUAAGCAACCUUCACCCAAUAAACUCUUUGGUUCCCAUGGUG